UAAUCAUUUGAUAAUAUGCAGGAAGCAGCUAAAUUGGUUCAACCCUCAUUUGGAGGAGAAGGUUUCUUUGCUAUCCCAAAUGUAAAGUGGGAAGAUGUUGGAGGCCUUCAUUCGUUAAGACAUGACUUUGAUCAUUACAUUGUCAGGCGUAUAAAGAAUCCUAAAGAUUACAUGGGUUUCGGAGUGGAUUUGGAAACAGGAUUCUUGCUUUAUGGUCCUCCAGGAUGUGGUAAAACAUUAAUUGCCAAGGCUGUUUCUAAUGAAGCUGGAGCAAAUUUUACACACAUUAAGUUCCUGCAAAUUUUUACUCUCCUAAUAUUGCCUUUCCUAAUGUUUUGCACGAAUGAGGCAUGACAUGUUUUCUCAUUUACUAAUCUCCAUCCAGUGACCUGAAAUUCUGAACAAGUAUGUUGGUGAAAGUGAGUUAGCUAAUAGGACAUUAUUUACCCGUGCCAGGACAUGUGCUCCGUGCAUUCUAUUCUUCGAUGAGGUGGUUGUCACUGUUUCCACAUGGUGUUCCCCCUUAUGUGGUCUUAUCCUGGAACCAGGCUUCUAAUAGAGAAGAAGCCGGUUCACAGCUUGCAGCAUUGCCAUAUUUAGAAGUUCUCUACUUUCGGUGCACGCCAGUAAGCUUCCCAAUUGCUGCCUUCUGAUGGAAAGAAACAAUCAAUUUCGAGCAUUCCAAAAGCUGAUUCUGCACAUUUAAGCAAUUAGUAAAAAAGCACCCAUCCCCAGAGCCUGGGGCAACAACUUAUGUUGCACAUCAACAAUUUCAUUCAAAACUAAACACAACUACUGCAGAAGUAUAUAUAUAUUCACACGAAUUUGGUUUCAAGAUUGUUGAGGAUUUUAUAUUUGUUAUAAAGAAAUUGUAGAGAUUGUGAUGUAGUGCUUUAAACUCGAAGUACUUUCAUGUGAUGUUAACAUUGAGAAAUUAACGAUAGUACGGAACAUUCGAUCUUC